AUGUUGUAAUAAUAAUUUUACUAUGACGUGUUUAAGAUAGUCCAACAGAUGUCUGCCAAUUAGAUUAUCACAACCAAUGAAAAGGAAAAUUUAAAAAAUAUAAUAAUCAAUCAUGAUUCAAAGUUUGUGCAAACACUUGAUACUAUUUAUAAAUCAGAAGAAAAUGAAAAGUUUGAGAAAAUAGUAGCUGAAAUUAAAAUAUAUAUCAAAUCUAUUAGGCAAAGAAAACCUAAAUAUUUGAAAAACAAAUAAAUGCGUGUUAUUACUGAUGAAACAGAAAAAUACAUAUAUGAUGAUACAAUAGCAGAAGUCUCUUCAGAUAGUGACUCUAUUUCCUGA